AGAGAAAUGAGUGAUCCUCAGCCUUUGGAGGAGGAGGAGUAUGAUAUGUCAGGCGCCCGCCUAGCCCUGACACUGUGUGUCACCAAAGCCCGGGAAGGCUCAGAGGUAGACCUGAAAGCCCUGGAAAGCAUGUUCCGGCAUCUGGGAUUCGAAAGCACCAUGAAAAGGGAUCCCACUGCCCAGCAAUUCCAAGAAGAGAUGGAAAAAUUCCAGCAGGCCAUAGAUAACUGGGAAGAGCCUGUUAGCUGUGCCUUCGUGGUGCUCAUGGCCCAUGGGGAUGAGGGCCUCCUCGAGGGAGAAGAUGGGGAGAUGGUCAGGCUGGAUGACCUCUUCCAGGUCCUGAACAAUAAGAAUUGCCAGGCCCUGAGAGCCAAGCCUAAAGUGUUCAUUGUGCAGGCCUGCCGAGGAGAACACAGGGACCCCGGUGAAGCAGUAGGUGGGAGUGAGGUCAUGAUGGUCACUGACGACAGCCCCCAAACCAUCCCGACUUACACAGACAUCCUCCAUGUCUACUCCACAGUGGAAGGAUACAUUGCCUACAGACACGAUGAGGAAGGCUCCUACUUCAUCCAGACACUGGUAGACGUGUUCAUAAAUUGGAAAGCAUCCAUCCUGGAACUCCUGACUGAGGUGACCCGGCGUAUGGCAGAUGCAGAACUGCUUCAGGAAGGGAGAAUGAGGAAAGUGAACCCUGAAGUCCAAAGCACCCUCAGGAAAAAGCUCUAUCUUCAAUAA